GGACACAGUAUGGAUGGAUGAUAACGUACAAAUGUACAGCACACCUUGCCGUUCGUUUGUUGCGGUCUCUCUCAUUGUGUGUGUGUAUUGUGUGUUUGCAUGCCCCCUCCCCCCCCAACCCUCUCUUGUCUGUCAGCAAGCUGCAAAAUCGCCCCAAACAUCAGCUCAGUCAAGCACCAGUGUGAUCAGAUCGAUCACGAAAAGAUAUAGAUAACCUAUGGCCGCUAACGCGCACACAGGCUCAGAAGCACACAGCCACAGUGAGUGACAGCCUUAAAUCUAGCCCUAGCCCUCCCCUCUGGCUAGAGUUCCCUGUGGUGGUGGACGCCUGUAUGUUUCUUCUCACGUCUCCGGCGCAGGCCUGCGUAUCUGCCGAGCAUCAGCACAGUCGCCUGCACGUUCAGCCGGGUCACCUGCACGUGCGGGUGGGAGAACAGGGGAGGCAAGGUGUGAGCUACCCCUCUUGCGUGGCAUCCACUGGUCUGUUGGGCGACACCACCGGGCCGCCUAGCCUACCUGCGGGAGGACCGACGCGUCGCAUAUGGAGAGGGCAUCGAUGCCGUAGACGCGGAAGUCGGAGUCCACCACAGUGCCCAUCGCCGCCGAGCCCACCCCUGAAACGCCAUCAACAUGAAUGAAACGGUCUCUCCCUCUUGGCCUCUGUGUCUGUCUGUCUGUCUGUCGCACAAUGCCAGAUGCCUGUUCCAGCGGACUUGACGAACUUGCCCAAUUCCUCCGCAUCCCACAAAUCUGGUGGGUUGGCACACACAACCACCCAGCACACACACACACACACACAUGAUUACCGUCGCCGGCCUGCGUGGAGUCUGUGUGGCUGCGUCGGUGGCUCGCUGACCUGCUGGCAGUGGGGGCACCACUGCAAAGCGUCUUGCUGCUUCAAGCUGGGCCGCCAUACAAUCAUGCCCAUGAUUAUCCUUCGCGCACACGUCAUCUCGCCACGACCCCACGUCGUCCUCCUGAAGACAGGCAGACAGACACACAGACACAGACACAGAGGCCAAGAGGGAGAGACCAAUUCAUGUUGAUGGCGUUUCCGGGGUGGCGUACCUGUAGUGAGCGUGCCGGUGCGGUGGAUCCCUUGGCCAUCUCGACUUGCUCUGUCAGCCACUUGGCGACAUCGGACUCUGCCCCCAGCCACCGAGAGGCCGCUUCCCCCCCCUCUCUCUGUUUCGCCUCCAUCUCCAUCUCCAGCCGUCUUUGGUGCACGAAAUUCUCAUACUCCUGUCUGUCUGGGCCAGCGGCUUCUUCGUGUGAGGCCUUCAGGUGGCGGAUGCCGGCAAGGGGCCGUGUUGCGAUGAGGAUCAUGUCCAACAGGUGGUUGAAGAUCGUCCCAGGGCAGUUGAAAAUGCCUUUCUCCUGCAAGACGCCGUCAAACUCGCCGCUGCCCACCAUCUGCAGCCAGCAGACACGCCGUCAUGAACGCAUCGUUGCUGUGCCGUGCUCUGCUCGUCCAUUCCACCCACCCCACCCGUAUGGAUGUAGUGAGUCCCAUGACGGCACUGUGGAUGUCAAGCCCUUCAUGGUCGCCGAAGUAGUUGCCGAAGACGAUCGGCGCGCCCCACUCGUUCACCGUGACGUGGCCCCUCGACUUGGGCACCGGCGGGAAAGACAUAAACCCUACCACCUUCCUGCACUCAUGGCGUUGGCAAUGCAUGCAGACAGCCUGCCUGCCUGCCUGUGGUGUGCGUGCGCCCGUCUGUUUGUGUGGACUAACUUACUUCAAGCAAUCGAAGACCGGCCUGAGAGGGAGACACAGGAGGCUGUCCUGGUUGGCAUUGCACGCCGACACAACCGACACGAGCAGGUCCGUCUCGCUGCAGCAACACAGACAGACAGACAGACAGACAGACAACACCAACCCACAGCAUCACAUCACAUAUAUCACAUCCGAGCACUUGUGGGCGCGACACUCAUGCCAUGCGUACGUACGGUGUGGUGCGGAGUACAGUGGGAAGGAAUGCUCGUGUGGCCAGGAACAGGUCAAGCGCAGAGAACCCUGAUCCCUCCUCGGAGUUGACGUACAUGCAGUCCAUGCUCACGUCCCCAAUGCUGCAGGCACACACACGGGCACACACAUCACACACGUCCAUUCCAUCGUUUCCAGCACUCCACUCCACUCCACUCCAUCAGUAGGUUGAUUGUCUCACCGACCCAAAGUCGGUUGGACAGUCUGCGCCCAUCUUCUCGAAGCCUGUGUAGGUGCCCAGUGUAACGUUCUGAUACUCUUUGUCUUCAGGAAUUGUGUCAUGCUCCAGGAAGACCAUCAGCGGCGUGAAGAAGCGGUCGUGCAGAUUGCUCCCCAGCUGCGGUAUGUCCAUCACCACCUCGCCACCCUUGUUGGCCAUCACCUUGCUGACCACCUCGAAAGGGCCGACCCCACUGUUCAUCAAGAGGACGGGCGUCAUGAUCGCUCCUGUCGACAAGAAGAUCUCGCCACCGGGGUUAAUGCAUGCACGCUUGACGUCAUGGUGGUCUUGCGGCCAUCCUUCGCUUGAGGACCCCGCACGAUUCCCAUAAGAGUCGAUGGACUCCGGAGGUCCUGGCGAGUCGACGUACUCAAUACAUGUGGCACGGGGCUGCUUGCCACUGGUGUCAAAGUCGAUGCGCAGGACGGUCUUCCGCAGCAUGACCUCCAGGGAGGCGGGGGUGCCGGGCGGGUCAGCGAGGGGGCCCUUGAGCAGCACGUCGGCACCGAAGCGCUUGCGAUAGGGGGACAGGACGCCUCCGUCGUCCUCGAAGCGGGAGUAGGUGCGGAAUGAGCCGAGAGUGAUGUAGGGGGACGGAUCGGUGACGGGGUUGAAGCCCACGGCCUCCUGCGCCUUUCUGGCGGCGGAGCUGUAUGGCUCACUCUUGCCCAUUGGCUGAGACGUUUGAUCAAAUAUCCACGCGUACGACUGACAUAGCAAAGACAGAGAGAGAGAGAGAGAGAAUCCCCGACAGGCCAUCACGGCUGUCUCACGCCUCGUGGCGUGUGUGCUUCCUUCCCACCUCGUCCACAAGACACUGAUCGAAUUGUGCGCCAAAUUCAUGUUCCAGGUAGUCAAAGUACUCGGCCACCUCGGCUAUCUGCAGACCGGCUGUGAGAGCCGUGCCGCCCGAGAGGACAUUGCCGACGUGUGUGAUGGUCCUGUCGAUGGUGCGGAUCUGCUGAGCGAGGUCCGGGUUGUUCAGGCCCGGCCCCCACCCCCACGGUGUGACCGCCUCGGGGUGCUCCUCGAGAUUGCCGCCCCUCUCGAUGAGCAGCACGCGGUAGCCAUCCUCAGCCAGAGUGAAGGCCAGGGGGCAACCCGCUGCACCGCCCCCCACCUGAAGACCAACUCACGGACGCAAGAAGAGCAUCAUUUCAUCAUUUCUCUGUCUUUGUCUGUGGGGGCCGUGUCUUUGAAUGCGGUUCUUUUCGUUCGUACCACAAUGUAGUCGAAGUAUGCGGCGUCCUUUCCACCGAUCUUCCCUGCAGGGGGCUCGUGAAGGAAGGAGCCCUGCACACAAAUGGGGAACGGGGCAGCGAGGGAGAUACUAGUCAUGCUUGUGGUGUGCCACCAUCCAUCGUGCCAUCGGUUCCCUGACCUCGUGUUUGUCCGCGCAGCAGAUGUGCCCACAUAACAUGAGAGAAACCAUGACAAAAAGCCUCCAGGCAGCCCAUGUGGGCAAGACAGCAGCGUGCUGCCGAGCCGACGACAUGACGGACGGACGACCGCUUUUUGACGAAUGAGGCAUCGGGGCUGUGAGUGAGGAUGUCGUGUUGAUGAACGAGCGGAGAAGGAUUUGGG